CAGCUUCCAGAGUGGUACGUGUCCCAGCCUCGCAGUCAUCACCGUCAGCACGAGAUGCAUCCUCUCCCUCCAUGACUACUAUGCAGACAUACCUGGCAGCCAUCCCAGGUUUCAAACCCAGAAAAAGGUCUCAACGUAAAUUAUCUGCGGCGGCACAGUUGGCACAAACGAAGGAAGGAAAUGUGGACUUGGAAACACCUGACUCCAUCCUUACAAGUGUCAACCUUAGAGCCCUCCUCAAUAAACACACCUUUGGUAGCCUUCCUCCUGCUUAUCAGCACAGACUGAUCAAGCUUUUGCCAAUGGUUGAUCAGUCAGUUGGGGCUGAUGACACCCUCAAAGUUAUUCCAACGGGCCUCAAUAAUGAAUUCUUUGGCCGUGCUUGUGAAUCCUGGAGAUGUCGCCUGGGUGAAGGAGAGUUCACUCAUGACAACCAGGUUAAGUUAAAAGUGGAAGCAGAGAGAGAACGUACAAAGUUAGACCCAUGGAAGGUUGCCCACUUCGAACCACUAUGGGGAGUGAAGCAGGGUUGGUGUAGCACUGAAGGGGAAACCAGUUCAAGCAGUCCUCCCUCCCCCUCUGGUGGGAGUGUCUCCAUGUCACCCCCACAAGAGUCACACACAACACCAGCGUUUACUUCAAGCUUUUCCGAUAUACACAUCAGCCAACUAACCAAGGUGCUUGAGCACAUAGCAACCCGUAACGAGAGAAGAGCUCAGAGGAGAACCCAGAGAAGAGCAGAGAGGAGAAAGCAAAGAGAAAGGGAGUUAGCUGAGGAACUCUCCAGAUGUUCUGCAAGUCAAGCUAGCUCCAUUAACCCAUCUGCCAAUUCUUUGUUGGGGCUCCCCAGUGCUUUGCCUGCACCCCAAACGCCAAGCUUGGCAACUGCGACUCCAGUGACCUUGCCCCUUGUCCCAAGUUCUUCACCCCUUCCCCCAAACUCAUUAUCUUUGUUCACUAGUUCUUCAUUACCAUUGCAUGCCAGUAAGAACAAUCUUAGUGAAGUGACUAGCGGUGUUCAUGCAGUGUUCUCAGCUGAGGAAAAGUUGCCACUGCAAUCUCAUGUGGUGAAUGUAGAUUCUGUUGUCUUGUCAAAGGAUAUCUUAAAGAGGAAAGAUGGACUAGCGCUCACCACAACCACGCCCUCAAAGAAAAUCCGUGUGUCAAAUGCAGAUGUGACAAACAGUUUUGUUGUAAAACCAGGGCCAACUAGUGCAACUGCCCAGAUAUUAACUACACCUGUCAGUUGCCAGAGCGAAGCACCCAGAACAACUCGUGUUCCAACAACAUCAGUAACUGGAACUCCUAAGGUUGUCUCUAGUAGUGUCAGCAUAAACAAUCCUACUGUUGCAACAGGAGCUCCUGGGGUUCCCAUAAAGCCAACAUCAGUUAUGGUUGUAAGUGCUCCCUCAUCAGCAGGGAGUGCAGUGGUGGUCACAAACCCAAGGAUGUCUCCUGCAGCAAGAAUAUCCCCAGUAACAAGAGUCUCACCUUCGCCUUCACCUUCAAGACUUUCCCCAGUUGUACAAGUUGUCUCGCCCUCUCUCUCUUUGGCCCCAUCACAGAGUCCACCAGCUAGCAGAACAGUUGUGGUAGCUGGUCAGACUCGGCCAGUGGAGGUUUCAUCCAGUGCCCCACCAGUCUCCCAUGUGGCAAAUACUGUAGUUCAGCCUCUGCCUACAUCGUCGGUAGCCAGUCUUACUUCUAGAGUGAAACCUGUCAGAACACCUCAGGGUUUGUCAGGGGCAGGAACCAUAGCCUUGAAGGUGACCAGAAGCAGGCCUCCAGGAGGGGUUAACAUCCAGAGAUCGUAUGAAAUCGUCCAGGCUGUCAUUGCCAACAGCCCGAACAGGGACCAGUUACAAGCUCAGCUCAAAACUCCAGCAGCUUUACUUGCUGAUGUCAAACCUAGCACCAGUGGGCAGACAGUGGUGGCUCCAUCAGUCAGCAGUGGCAAUACUAUUGUGACCAAUCCUGUUAACAGUCAGGUGGUGGUGCAAGCUGCCCCACAGAACCAAGUGCAGACUAUUACUGUGGUCAAGGCUGUUGCUACCACCAGCAGUAACAGCACUAGUAGCACAUCACCUGUACAAGGGGCUCAACUCAUCACCAGUGGCCCAAGAAUGGUCCGUCAGGUGGCUCUCAGUGUCAGUGGUGCAGCUGGGACCACUGUGAUGCCACCCAUAGCGGGCACACCAGGGACCAUGGUGCUACGACAAAUGGUCACACCUCAGUCUCUCUCGACCCCAUCCCAGGUACCUUUGGCUUCUUCAAGUAGGGCCUCCUCUCUUUUGCUUGAUGGUAAACUAAGGAUUACUUGUGGUGGUGGUGUUGGUGGUGGCAGUAGUGUUAGUGGUAGUGGUGGAAGUGGUGGUGUUGGAGGCAACUAUACGAGAGACUCAAGUACAGUUACAAAUAUCCCAGAAAGUAAUGUUAUUGUUUCAGGACAGAAUAGUACUGAUGUAGGUAGCUGCAGCAUUGGUUGUGAUGGGGAAGGAAGUGGUGGGAGUGUGUCUGGCGUUGCAAGCAUCAGUAAUGUGAGUGAGAGCCUCUGCAGUUUCAAGUUUGGGGAGCCUGUAACAACCAUGGUAGUGAUGUCUCAGCCAAGUGGUGUAACACCAGUUAGCAGUAGGGUGCUGGUCCUUCACCCAAGUAAUAACAGUAGUGAAGGCAUUAGUGACAGUAGUGGUGGUGGGUGUAGUGGCAGCAUUGGUACAAGCAGUGGACCACUGCUUGUGUCAUUUUCAGCGGAGUCUCAGCAUCACCUCAAUCCUCAGUCUGAUUCCUCUGACAUAUCCCCCAUAUCCCUGAACCCUCCUAACUCCCCAAGUCCCCUCACAGUUUCUGCAGUACCUGUGAUAGGUGGGGGAAUCACCCAUAAUUCUCAGCCGACACCUCGGCUUUCGGCUGCCCCAUCUUCAGCUGUGUGCUUACCCAAUUCCCACUCUAUC